AAGAGGCUGUUCCAACAAUACAAACCGAAUUCAGCGCCGUUUUUAUUAUUACUUUUUAUUUUUCAUUUUAUUUGAACGGUGUUACAUGUGAAGUGAGUCGUUUCAGUGGCUGCCUGACCGCGGGUGCUGGUUUUAGAUCGAUCUGAGCAUGUCGAACCGCCUGGCCUUCCAGACGCAGCUGGCCUCCAUCAUGGAGGUGCUGGCGAACGCUGCUGUGGCGGAGAUCUGUAAGCUGGUGGACGAUGAUUACGCCGUCAUCAACCUGCAGAUGUCUCAGUGUCAGAGAGAAAAUAAAGCCCUGAAGAGAAAACUGCAUCUGCUGGAGCUCAGGAUGGCCCGCGGAUACGCCGAGAGGAGAAUCCGAGAAAACUCACUCAAUCGAUCUAACAGGGUGCAAGUGAACGCUGCAUUAUCAGAUAAAUACAGAAGCAGUGCUGCUGGCGUUUUUUCAAAUCAAGGCGAACUCUUUGGACGGCAUAUGAACGAGGACAUUUGGAGAGAGAGGGAUCCCUCGGGUGCAGAAGUGGCCGUCAGUCAUCCAUGCAUCAGGGCUGAUGAAAACAGGCCUGAAGAUUCAAGCAAGUCUGGAUCAGACUCUGUACUCGUCAAGGCUGAGACGUCUGAUGAAGGUCACACACAGCAGCAGCUUUUUAUUCGAGAGGAUGGCGUGGCGGAGGUUGUGUGUGAGGGUGGACAGACAGAUUUCGGUGCUGCUCAGAUGGAUAAAGCGGACGCUCAGCACCCCAGGACGCGGCACCCGGCUUUGGAGCCUCAAAAGACGGAGGAUGAGGAGCCGGACGUAAUGUUCGUCAAGGAGGAGCAUUCGGAACAGGACAGGAAAGAAGGACAGACACGUGGAGGCAUGAGUUUGCAAGACGGAUUCGUGGAGUCCAGUACGGAUAUUUGUGGGGUCUCCUCUUCACCUGCGCAAAUCACAGUAGCCCUCGGUGCAGAGGAGACUGAGUUAGACUCUCUAACAAAAGGAAAUGGACUCCAAGAACAGAUGACCGUCCCCAACCCACCUACAGAAGUGGAGAUUAACAUACAGAAUGUGGUAGGCUCCCAGCCUGCAGAGACUCUGUGUUCACAUGAGUCGGUCCUUCCUCACGGAGCAGUGGAAGAAUGGGACGUCGCCAAAUCCCAGUCUCACCACCAAGCGACGGCAGAGAGCGGCAGCAUUUCAACUACGAACCAGAAAGCUCAGAGACGAAAGAGAGCCAUGUCUCUCGAGAUGCUGGGGGCAAACAGUACUCUGUAUGAGAGACCCAGAGAGCUGGAGACUUCUUUACCUCGCUGGGUCACGAACAGCCCCUCGGGCAGUCAGCCAUCCUGCUCUUACAUCGUAGACGAUGAGCAAGACUGCGUUCUGGUGCCGCCGGAAUCUUUAUCUGCCAGGGGAACCCAGAAAGGUCACGACAGGGUUCAGAAUACCAGUGGGCCUUUCGGAGUGGAGGCAGAGUGGAAUCCAGCGAGCAUUUCGUGUCAAGCCCAGGCUCAGCCGUUCAGUCAGUUCGGUCGGACAGACGGGAUUCAGUUAGAACCAGGAAUCAGAGCUCAUAUCACGCAGUCCGUUACAAAGAUCAGCAUGAACCCCCGGAGUCUGACCCACUUGCCUCCUCCUGGGGUUUCGCUUGCUGGUCUAGAGCUUUCCAAGCACAUGAUCAGGGGUAAGAGAAAGAGCUACAUCUGUAAAUACUGUGGAAAGGCCUUUACUGGGCAGUCUAAUUUGGAGGCUCACCUGCGCAUUCAUACAGGAGAAAAGCCUUUUAAGUGUGAGAUCUGCGGGAAGCUCUUCACGGAGGCAGGAAACUUGAAGAAGCACCAGAGAGUCCAUACGGGCGAGAAGCCGUUCGUGUGCAGCCGCUGCGGGAAACGGUUCGCCUGGAUCUGCAACCUCAGGACCCAUCAGCAAUCAGCUUCCUGUGGAGGACUGUAGGAAAGAAAACAAUCUGCUUAUGGUGUUACUACAGAUGAUCGAUAAUCCAUGCUUAAAGACCCAGUAUUUGAAAAUGAGACAGUUUUAUAAGCCAACAGAGGAACAAGAUGUUUUAAAAAGAGUUUUAGAAAUGUGUAAAGGUAACAUGGUGCUAUAUAUUAGUUUAGUGCCUUAAGUGGUGUAUCAGCAAAUAGAAAUGGCAAGUCUUCUACUCUUCUACCUCAACUAAACAAUGCAAUACGUUUGCUCUUAAUGGCUGAAUUAUUAACAUCAACUAAUAAAGACUACCUUUUACAUA